AUGCACUUUCCCGAACCACAAAAACAAUGCAGCUGCCAUUUGAAUGAUCCACCACCGUGGACUGGGGAGAUCCACGGACUGAGCCAGGCACUACUCAGCGAAACCACAGCUCUGAAAGUAUUCUGGUGGAUAGUCAUGGUUGUAUGUAUAAUAUGUGGGUCUGUGACCACUACUCUGGUGAUACUUGAGUACGUUGAAGGACCGACAGCCACAUCGACGACAAUACGAUUAGUAAGAGUGUUACUGUUGUAUCAUUUUACCACUCGGCGGUGUUGCGCAGUGGAGAGCUUGGAACUGCCAGCGAUCACCAUUUGUCCAAAAGUGCCGGACGCAUUCAACGCAACUGGUCUUCUAGGUGACAUACGGGUUACGUUUCCAGCAAUUGACGAUGCUACUGCUCUUGAUCUAGUACGGUAA